AUGGCAACGUACUCCCCUCAUCGUGAGGAUCGAGAUGGUGCCCAUCAUCAUUCACCCAAAGCCCUCUCACACUUCGAUGCCAUUCGCGAAAUCCGACGUUCCCUUUCUCGAUCUCCUUCGAAGCAAUCAGACCAUCGUCAAUUCCCCUUUCGGUCCCCAGGGCCGAGCAAUCUACCUUUCUCACCCUCACCACUUUCACCCUCUCGAAAGUCGACUUCCGACAGUUUAUCACACAUGGCCAGUAUCAUAUCUCCACAUUCAAACCGCAACUCACAGACUCCACGCUUUCAACGACCCAUUCUCCGCCGGACCACUCAGACACAUGGCCUCAAUCGUAUCCGCACAUCGCCAAAGAGUCCUUCAAAACGCGCCCUAGCAGAUUCAACCGAUGGUGGCAACUCCUCACCCCUGCCACUGCGGAAAAGAAGCUCGACGGAAGCAGAACGUGAGUUGGCUUUGAAAUGUCUGACGGGUGAAUUGAAAGAAAAUGACACGCGUCCUCUGGAAGAACCAGUCACUUGGAAAGCCGCUCAGACGCGGCAGGAGAAGCGGCGGAGUGGUGGCGCCCUGAUGUCGAUUGCCAAUGUCGCACCUCUGAGCCCAAUGAAGCGUUCCGAGGCUCCUCGAUCGGAUGAGGAGCAGCCCUUCGACAGCCCUUCAGCAAAGAGACGAAGUCUUCAUGGUCCCGGACUUGACUUCAGUAUCUUUGAGUCGAAUGAUUUGGACGGAGGAAUGUUCACAGACAAGCGGUCACAAGAUGACAAUGACUUCUUUAGUGGGGGUGGUUCUCUGUCAUCGACUCGAUUCUCAACCAUUCCUAAGCGAUCCUCGUCUCUUCGUAAAUCAACUUUGCAACAGCGACAGCUUGAUCGACCGAGUAAUCUCAAAUUCACUCAGGCCAUGGAUUUGGACAAGUCAUGGUUGGAAUCCACCCCGGCACCAAGCACGAAGAAAGGUUACAGAAUGUCCUUGGACAAUCAUCUCGAUCCUAUUCGGCGUGAUAGUCCAUUUUCAAGUCAAGGAACUUUACCAAGUGCUUCGAUACAUCCGUUGUCAUCCGUUCAAAACAGCCAACAGACCUCUCGCCACCCUCUUUCGCGAACGUUGACGCAAUCUUCUUCGCUUGCAAGCGAUCAGGAUGAAUCUCCUACUCAUGAACCUGUCCAUCGACCAACCAGACCAAGAUCGCAUGAUUUCUCAAAGUCAUUACCUAUCGGUGCUUCAAGACCGACACCGUCAACAGGAGACCAUGAUUUCUCUUCUCAAAGCUCAUUUGCAACCCCAGGGAAUUAUAAGACAGCAAAGCCAUUGCCUGCAGCCUUCAUGUCAACAGGUUUGAUCUCGAAGAAAAACAGAAACAUUGACGAUCCCAACGCCGGUCUACCAAAGGCUCACAUGCCUGAUACUCCUUGCAAAAAGCAGUCUGUGGUAUUCCAAGCAGACGAGAACUUUGCCGCACCAAAACCGGCGAUCCACAGAGCACGACCCUCCUUUGGACAACCUUCUACGCCGUUGGACUCUCAUUACACGCAAUCGAAGAUAUCAGCGUUCCCUUUCGCCCGGAGUGUUGGGAUAUUUGGCACUCGCUCUAGCAAGCACAAUCUCCUUCGGAAAGGAAGCUUUGCAUCCAUCGAAAGUGAAGAGAAGACCGAAUCCCGAUCACCCUUGACUCGCGCCCACAGCCAGUCGACAGAUUCUGAUUACCCCCCUACUCCAACCAAACACCUACCUGACGAACAGAACCGCAACUCCGUGUCACCCUCGCCUCAUCAUACAGGAGGGUUGACGACAAUUCAGACGGCACCCAACUCUAGUUUCGGGUCCCGAUUGACCAAUAGUAAGUUGUCUCCUAUUUUGGCAUCCCCUAGACACGUCGACGAGGACAGUGAUAGCACGAUGGAGGAUUCUCCAUCCCUUAACCUGAGACCUACUCGGACGUCCAAGAUCGUUGUUCGUAUGCCAGAUUCGUGUGCUCCAAAGCACCUGUCUCAACAUCCCAAUUUUUCAUUCCCUCUCCCCGAGCAUAACGUUUCUAUCUCGUUCUUACACUCUACCGCGCUGGAUCUUGCUAAGACUUCUCUCCCUCCAGUCAGUCCAAGAGGUUCUCCCCACACGCCAUUGGAAGGAUUCUUUCCUCCAGAUCCAAGUGGUUUGACAAUCUCGGGUCGUGGUGAACGUCCUCGAACUACGAACAAGGGAAAUAUCAUACCAGCAACACCAACAGGACCGCGAGAAUACUUUCCCAAUUUUUCGAAUCGUCCCAGUCUCAAUCUUGCUGCCGUGGAUGGUUCCAAUUUGGAUAGCAGCUUGACCUCGAGAUUCGAAAAGGUUGACUUGAUUGGUUCCGGAGAGUUCUCCCAAGUUUUUCGUGUUUCCCAACCACCCGAGGCAUCGCCAUUCCACAAAAUCUAUUCUGUUUCAUCAAGUCGUCCUUCGUCAAGAGGAUCCCUUCCCGAGAAAGUCUGGGCAGUUAAGAGAUCGCGUUAUCCUUAUACUGGAACCAAAGACCGGCAACGCAAGAUUCAGGAAGUGGACUUUCUCAAAGCACUAGGCCAUUCAGAUCAUAUUGUGACUUUUGUCGACAGCUGGGAAGAACAAGGUCAUCUCUACAUCCAGACAGAAUUCUGUGAAGAAGGCACGCUUGAUGUUUUCCUCGCUCAGACGGGGCUCAAGGCCAGACUUGACGACUUUCGCAUCUGGAAAAUUCUACUCGAGUUGUCAGUGGGCCUAAAACACAUUCACGAAAGUGGUUUCAUCCACCUCGAUCUCAAACCCGCAAAUAUUCUUAUCACAUUUGAGGGAGUUCUCAGAAUUGCUGAUUUCGGCAUGGCAAGCCGAUGGCCUGCGAAAGCUGGUAUUGAGGGCGAAGGUGAUCGAGAAUAUAUCGGACCUGAAAUACUGAUGGGACGAUACGACAAACCAGCAGACAUCUUUGCGCUUGGUCUGAUCAUGCUGGAAACGGCUGGAAAUGUCGAACUACCCGACAAUGGGGUGUCAUGGCAGAAGCUCCGCAACGGAGAUAUGAGUGAUGUCCCGAGCCUCACUUGGAGCUCUGGAACUAGCGGCAUAGAACGAGAUUCGACCGGAAACCCCCUCUCUCGAGACAAUUCAUCAGUCGAGCAGUCUCAACUUCACCGAAUGAGUGUUGAGAUUCUCGAUGUAGAUGGAGACGACAACGAAUUGAUGACAGAUCAUGUCUCUUCCAAAGACUUGCACCGCCCACGUAGCGGUGAACUGGUCAAUCCUCCACAAUUCAUGAUCGAUCCAUCACACGAGCAAGCUUUAGAUCGUGUGGUUCGGUGGAUGAUUUCACCAAAUCCGAGUGAUCGACCUUUAGCGUCAGAUCUCCUGAGCACUGAAGGUGUGCAAUGGGCAGAGGCAAGACGACGAGCUGGUGCUACUGUGUUUGAAGGCAAUUGGGGCCCAGCGGAUGAGGUUCUUGCUGAAGAUGCUGAAAUGAUAGAUGUAUGA